AUGGCAAGCUCUAUUUAUUUCUGCUUGCUGAGGACAGUUUUCCUGGUGUGUUUUUUUAACCCUUUAAUCCAAGGACUAAGUGGGGAUGUAAACUUGGUCAAUGAUCGUCGUCAUCAACUGGGAAAUAAUCUCACUGGACUUCCAAUCGUCACGUUUGAUUGGCAUCAUGUUCAGACUCCAUACCUGGUGAUAAUUUGGGUAUUUGUGGCUGGAUUGGCAAAACUGUUAGUGAUUGAACUUAACCAUCAUGUCAUCAAUGUGAUCCCAGAGAGUGGUCUGCUCAUUAUGAUGGGCUUUAUUUUGGGAGGAAUCGUCUGGGGAGCAGACAAGGCGCAGACAUUUAAACUGUUUCCUCCCACUUUCUUCUUCUACUUGUUGCCCCAGAUCAUCUUGGAUGCAAGUUACUUUAUGCCCAACAAGCUAUUUUUUAGCAACCUGGGUUCCAUUCUCAUUUACGCCAUCUUUGGAACGUGCUGGAACGCAGCUACAGUGGGCCUCUCGCUCUGGGGCUGCUAUGAGGCUGGAGUGAUGGGUAACUUGGACAUCGGUCUCCUGCAGUUUCUAUUGUUUGGCAGUUUAAUCGCCGCGGUGGAUCCGGUUGCCGUGAUUGCCGUGUUUGAAGAAGUACAUGUGAAUGAGGUGCUCUUUAUCCUGGUGUUUGGAGAGUCGCUGCUCAACGAUGGCGUCACAGUAGUGCUUUACAAUGUAUUUGAUGCUUUUGUCGCUCUUGGAGGCCCAAGGAUUGACGCAGUAGAGAUUUCUAAGGGCAUAUUUUCAUUUGUUGUGGUGGCAUUUGGAGGCUCAUUUCUUGGCAUUGUGUUUGCCAUCCUACUGUCCCUGCUGACCAGGUGCACCAAACACAUUCAGAUCAUCGAAGCCGGCUUCAUCUUUGUGGUGGGCUACCUGGCUUACCUGACAGCAGACAUGCUCUCACUCUCUGCAAUACUUUCAGUCACCUUCUGUGGUAUAUGCUGUCAGACAUAUGUGAACGCCAACAUGGAUGAGAAAUCAGUCACUACGGUUCGUCAUGCCAUGAAGGUGCUUGCAAACGGCUCAGAAACCAUGAUCUUCGUAUUCUUGGGUGUUACAGCCAUUGAUACAGAGAUCUGGGUUUGGAACACAGGUUUCAUCCUCCUCACCCUCCUCUUCGUCUUUAUAUACAGGAUCAUAGGUGUUUUCUUGCUCACCUGGAUGUUGAACAAGUUCAGAUUGGUCCCCAUCGAGUUCAUUGACCAGGUUGUAAUGAGCUACGGUGGCCUGCGGGGGGCAGUGGCGUAUGGACUAGCAGCCAUGUUAGACCAAGACAAGAUCCCAGAGAAGAAUCUGAUACUUAGUACCACACUCAUUGUGGUGUAUUUCACUGUCAUUCUUCAGGGAAUAACAAUGAAGCCAUUGGUUCAGUGGCUCAAGGUCAAAAGAGCAGCUCAUUCGGACUUGAAACUUAUUGAGAAAGUAAACAAUAGGGCAUUUGACCACAUACUAGCAGCAGUGGAGGACAUUUGUGGACGUAUAGGAGAUAACUGGUGGACCCGAGGUUGGAACAGGUUUGAGGAAAAUUAUAUCAGCUGGUUAUUGAUGAAACCUAAGGCCAGAAAAAACAGAGACUACCUAUUUAGUAUCUUCCACAAACUCAAUCUGGAGGACGCUGUUAACUACGUCAGUGAGGGUGAACGUCAAGGAUCUCUGGCCUUCAUUCGUAGUGAUGAAGCAGCCAAUGUAGAUUUCAAAAAACAAUUUGGUUCAGAAUUUACAGAUGUGAGGCCUGAUAUAAUGGUUGAUAUGUCAAAUUAUGAGCUUGGAAUCGAAACAUUUUCAGUAACCUCCAUUAUAAAAGACACCAUUCCCUCUGUAUCCCUGGACAUACAUGGGCAAGACAGGAAAAAUGCAAUGGAUGACAUCAAUGCCCAUCAUCUUCUACAGCAGCAUCUGUACAGCAGCAGAAAGAAUCAUCGUCACAAAUACAGUCGCAGUCACUUCGGCAUCAACCAGAGUGAGAACGAGGUGCAGGAGAUCUUCCAGAGGACCAUGAGGAGCCGCCUCGAGUCCUUCAAAACAGCUAAGAUGGGUGUCAGCCCUGCCAAAAAAAUUACAAAGCACCACAAGAAAGAGCUUACACACAAGAUGGCUUAUGGACACCCAGACGGCACAGGCCAUCUAUAUGGAGAUGAAGUUGAUAGUGCUGUGGCGAGUGAGACUGGUGCUAUCCAUGGUACUUUCUUGAGAGACACGUAUACAGUGGGAGCUGGCAUAGAGAAUCCAGUAGUUUUCCCAGAUAUGGACAGUUCCACUCACAACAGCCUUCCCUGGCUAAUGGAGACUGAUGCUGUCGCACCUUCCCAGAGGGCCCAGUGGCGUCUGCCCUGGACACCCAACAGACUGAGGCGUCUUGCACCCAUGAGGAUCAGCACCUACUCCACAGACUCCUUCCUGAUGGCUGAUCUGGAGGAACAUGAGGAAAAACCCCAAACAGACCAUGAAUAAAUUUACACACAACUAUGA